GGAAGAAGAAUUACAGAGCAUCUUUGGUUGCGUCACACACCCGGAAGUCAUGUUCAUUCAUUCUGCCGGUUUCUUCAAGUUGUAUCGCAUCCCAUGGUAACACUCUCUUCUGGACACACGAGAGAUGUUGCUGCUGGUGCUGGGUGCCCUCCUCCUGCUCUUCUGCACUCUGGAUGUAUGGUACUUCCUACGGGGGGCCCAGGUGUUCUUCCAGGCGUGGUUCCAACCCAGAAUAUGGGACCUGCUGGCUGAGCAAAGUAUCGAUGGCAUGGUCCUUCCCCAUGAUUUGGACUACAUGGGCCACAUGAACAACUCCCGAUAUCUAAGGGAGUGUGACUUUGCCCGCUUUCACCAUUACAUGCGAAACGGGCUGUUCAUGGCUUCACGCAAACUGGGGGCCAGAAUGGUGGUAGGGGCCUCCACCAUCCGGUACCGACGCUCCCUGGCCUUCCGUGAGGCUUUUGAGAUUCGGACCAAAAUAGUGGGAUGGGAUGAGAAGGCGUUUUACGUGGAGCAGCGCUUUGUGUCCAAGAAAGAUGAUUUUGUCUCUGCGGUCAUGCUCUGCAGGCAGAAUGUAGUGCACUGCAGCCCGGAGAGCAUUAUCGAGUUUGUCUGCAAAAGGAAGAUCGAGUGCCCAGAGCUUCCAGAGGACCUCAAACACUGGAUCAGCUUCAUCUCAGCCAGCAGCCAGGCUCUGAGAGCAGAGAGCGGACUGGAAGAGAAGAACAAGUGAAGCCCCACACCAUGACACCAUGUAUCAUGAGUGUAGGCCCACUUAUAAUUCGCAUUGCACGCACUUAUACAGUAUACACACAUGCACACAAACAGUUAAACAUCUUUUAGAGAGUUUUUAGUUGACUCACAAGAUUUCAUUUAUCUCUGUUUUUGGGUCGAUCUUUCCUGCUGUUUUAUUUUUGUAUGAUGUGACCAGAAAUACUGAACUUAUGAAAACUUGAAUUGUAAGGUAUUCCACGUUUUUGAAAUGCACUAUAUGCAUUGGAUCAUAUUGAAAGUUCUCUCAGAAUAAAGUAGCUUUAUCCUUGCAGCUUAUAGACUGGCUUUAGACAUCUUCAUUCUCAUUUUAGCAAAAGUCGUCUAACUUCAGAUAAGCAUGUAAAACAAAAGUUAAUCUUCCACUGACAUCAUUGCAUGUUUUAAAACAAACAGAAUAAUUUUUUGUGCCUGUUUUUUCUUGAUUAGCCGUAGUUUACAGUUGACAAUUUCAGAGAACUAUAUCUUUUUACAACAAAAAAAAAGCGUAGGUGUGACGAAAUACUUGAAUGGAUAUCAUGAAUAUGUAUUGACAAUUGUUUUAAUUUUCCCAUCAGCAUUUUGCACAAAGUAACCCAAGUGAGUAGACGGCAAUCUGAAAGGGAAUAAUCGACUUUGAAGGAUUGUCUUAAUCAGUACAGUAUUGUUCUUGUACUGACUGUUUAAUAUAUGCAUUUAAAGGGUGGGCUUCUCAAUUGAAAAAGUUGUAUAUUAUAUAUGUAUAAUUGGAAUUGCAUAAGUAAGAGAACAUGCUCAGAUCCAAAUUAGCAUAACGAGGCAAUCUGAUGUGAGGUUGCUGGCAACUUUUAAAAAGCUGCAAUGCACGAGAAACCGAUGUUAGGAUGUUGCUUGGCCUUUUGAAAUCGAGAACAUUUAAUGUUUAAUGCAUCAAAGCUUUAUUUUGUGACCAAAGUAAUGUAUUGUUCUGUAUGAAGAGGAAACACAAUUUUAAAGAUGUAUGUCUAACCUGCAAUUUAUGUUGUCGAUACACUGAAAAACCUUUUAUUUAUUUAAGUUUGAAGAUAUUCACUGACCUUUUUAAUUUUCCACGUAUAUUAUUCAUGAUCUAUUGAAAUGGUUUAAUGUAACAAACUUUAUUUAUUGUGUUUGUUAAUUAUUUAAAGACAUUUUAAAUUAAAAAUGCAUUGGAAACUAUGUUUCUGUGACUGGGCUUGCCUCUUAAGUGCUUGUUAUUCAGCAAUAACUUGAGCUACUAAUGUACUGUGGUCUGUGGUCCUAUAUUGAAGACCAGUAUUUGUACUUGACAAAGUAUUACAGCUCAAUAACGCCUCCGGGUGUGUGUGUGUUUGACGCGUACAUGUAAAGUAUGUGUUUCAGGAAUUUAACAAAAUGAAGCGGAAGUUUACCAUCUACAAACGGCUCUAUGCAUUUGUGGAAGAAAAACUGACGGGUAAACCUUUUGUGUAAGUCUGAAGUUUCUGUGUUGUUCAAUGUUGGUCAAACUGGAUCUCAGUGCCCUGUGGCAUUCCUUUUAGAUGAAGUUAAUAACAAUAAACUUUUUUUAUAGGGUGUA